AUGAGAAUGACAUCGUCGACAAAAAUAAUGUUGAUAGCGUGCGGUUCGUUCAGUCCGCCAACACCAAUGCACUUUCGGAUGUUUGAAAUUGCACGCGAUCACAUCCAGCAGAUGGGACAGGGACAGGUUGUCGGUGGGAUAGUAUCGCCGGUGCAUGACUCAUACGCAAAGAAAGGACUCGUGUCUGCUACACACCGUUGUGCAAUGAUUAAGAUUGGACUGAAGUCGUCGGACUGGAUCCAUCUGUCCGAUUGGGAAACGCAACAGGAAGAGUGGACACGAACUCGUCAAGUGUUGCAGUACCAUCAGAACUACAUAAAUUCGUACUUAAAAGAUACUAAUGGGACCAUCAACAACCAGCACAUUCCCGCGUGGAUACCGGAAGGCAUCAAGCGAACGGGCGGCCAGGUGCAAUUGAAGCUACUGUGUGGUGCCGAUUUGCUCGAAUCGUUCGCAACUCCGGGAUUGUGGAAAGAUGAGGAUUUGGAGGCGAUUCUUGGAUAUCAUGGCGUUGUGGUAAUUUCCCGAGCUGGAUCCAACCCAGAGCAGUUUAUCUUUAAUUCCGAUUUGCUAAGUCGGUAUCGACGCAACAUAACGAUCGUUACGAACUGGGUAACGAACGACGUGAGCUCAACGCUGAUACGAAGGUUAUUGAGCCGGGGUCUAUCGGUGAAGUACCUGCUGGACGAUCAUGUAACCGAGUACAUACGCAAGUUUGGGCUGUUCGGAACAAACAACGAUACUAAGUACAUUUUAACACCGGGCAGUGCAACGGAGGCGAUGAGCAUUUCGCCCAUCUCACCCGUCAACGAUCCGGAUCUGUACAUCGAGCAUCAAAACCAGCGCAACAAGCUCGGUUCGUCCUGUGAGGCAAUGGAUGAGACGGAUUUUCCCAUACCGCCUAUACCGGUCGGUGCACCGACCACACUGAACAAGGUGUUUUGUUGCGCCAACGAUUCUAAACCCACUACCGGCCGCGGUGCAACGUUUCUUGGCCGACCGGGCAGUGCCGUCCAGAUCAUAACAACGGCAGCCCCAUCACCGACACCACCACUGGUAACGUCACCCGAUGGGACAACGAAACCCGCCCAGCACCAGCACAUCACGCUGGAUGAGAGCGAUUGCAGUGCGGGCAAGAAGGUGGGUGAAAGUGCGGCGGGUAAGGGAAGUCCCCGACGGGUGUCCGUGGACCACCCGCAACAAACCACCCAACCAAGCACAAUCGCUAAAAACAGCACCAACAACGACAAUACCAGCACAUCAUCGACCAAACGCACGACCACUAACAGCACCUCCGAUACCAUAGCAACCGAGCGCAGUAGUACGAAGCGUGGUGCGAUGGCUCUGACCAAAGCAACCACCACCACUACUAGCAAGCUAGGAGCUACUUUGGGCACAAGCACGGUCGGUCCGUCGGCGAAUGCUUCGACCGGUCGGAUCAGCCCAUCGCGUAGUUACGACGAUAUGAUCAAAUUUGUUUUCACAGAGCACGGCAUUAAGGUCAUAAGCGAUCGCGAGUACGUAGUGUAG